UGCAUAAAGGGGUCUUUGACAGCCCCAAGAUGACAGGCUGAGUGCUGCUGCCAUGAUGCAUGCUCUGCAUAAGCUCUUGCUUUUUCAUGUUCUGACAUGUUUCGGAGGAAAUGCACUUAGGAAUGAAAUCAUAAAUGGUAAAAAGACCAAGGAGAAAUCGAUGCUGUAUAUGGCCUCGGUGCAGAACAACGAGGGUCAUGUAUGUGGAGGAUUCCUCAUCAGUGAAGACUUUGUGGUCACUGCUGCACACUGUGGCAACUGGAAUCCUACAAGUGUUGUUCUUGGCACCCACAAUCUCAAGAAGGUUGAUAACGAUACAAUGAGAUACCGCGUAAAGAGAUGCAAGCAUCCAUCUUUUCACAAUGUACGAACUGGUAAUGACAUCAUGCUCCUCAAACUGUCGAGGAAAGCUCGCCUGGGGAAAAAAGUACUAACUGAGAAAAUUAAAUUUCCAAGUCAUCAAAUGAACCUUAAAGAAAACAAAAAGUGCCAUGUAGCUGGAUGGGGUUUCACAAGAACUGGUGGUGAGCUUGUUAAUGAUCUGCAAGAGGUGGAGGUUUCUAUCAUUAAGCUGGAAAAGUGUCAGAAUGCCUGGGAUAAUAUCCUUCCUGCCAAUAUUAUCUGUGCAGGUGGAUAUGAAAAAAAGAAAGGAUUCUGUCAGGGUGAUUCUGGCGGUCCUCUGGUGUGUGGGAAGUUGGCAGUUGGUGUUGUUUCCUUUAACAACAAAAAAAACUGUAACUACCCAGAUAAACCCAACAUCUAUACGGACAUAUCACAAUUUCUCCCCUGGAUGAAAGAGAUUCUCAAGAAUAAGAACUGUUAAAUGUUACAAUUUUACAAAUUGCUGUGGAUGUAUUGCUUUGUCUAAGUCACUUUGUGUCGCUUUGUCAGCCAAAUGAAAAAUGUGUGACACCUUUCAUCAUCAGCAGACACAAAUGCAAAAGUUCUUUAGCCAACAAAAUAUUCACAAAACCUCUCAGGGUAAGUUUACAUACUUUUUUGACCAUAUUGUCUCCUAUUGCUCUCUUAUCACUGCUUCUGGUGUAGAGAUUCUGACCUCUGCCUACACCUAAAAUUUCAUACAGAGUUCAACACAAAUCCAACAAGAGUUUAUGGUGUGUGUUUGCAUAAAGCUUACGGUAUCCACAGUCAAAAUGGCACUUCAUCUAAAAACAAUUCAGGUCAAUUCUGGUCGAUUAUAACAUCAACAUACAUCACUUAGACUACUAUUUGUUACAUAAUGAUAAAUAAAGAUAAUGAGCUACAGUUUCAUAACUGUGGUAAGAUCAUCGCUCAUUUGCAAAUGCAAUCUGCAGUUGGAAACUUUCUGUGGUUUCUGUGGUUCAUCAAGAUUGUCUCACAGUUCAAAGAAAUGGUUAUAGCUUGUCACAUAGAUUUACACCAAACAACAUUGGUGUUAAUAUGUAUAUCAAGUUCAGGUAUCUGAUCUGGCCAUAUAGCAGUAAGCACAUGAAGUGAGAGAAGGAGGACCAACAUGGCCCAAAAUGAAUAAAAUCAAGAGAAUGAAAGUGUCGUAGAUGCAAAAUGAAAAUGGUUGGAGAAUUAAAUGAAUUCUGCGGGGGAAAGCGGGGGAAACUGAUUCCAAAUAAGUUAAUGUUAAAUGCAUGUCAAUGACUGGACCGAUGUUAUCAAUGAAAUAAACUGUGUGUGUGAAAUAAACAAAAAAAAGUUUGAAUUUUGA